AUGUUUUCCACAGUCAUGAACGGUAUUCGCAUGCAACUCAAGCGUGCAGAAGCACCACGUCACUCCACCAAGAACAAGGCAAAUGAAUCCUUUGAAGAAUCUGACUUUGCUAUGGCCAGUGCUAUUCAUAUCAGCGCAGCAGGAAGAGGACAUCAACAACGACCCACAGCUUUUGGUAUCUCACGAGAUUCGACCGACGACUUUAUUCAAAAGGACCUCAUUUCAUCCUCAUGGUACUAG